GAAGGGACAACUUUGUGGAAGAGCCUAUCCCGUAGGGGUGCACCGUGCGUGUACGUACAAUCCUCUGGAGAGGCACUCACCUCAGCGUGUGUUUGUGGCGAAAGGAAAUAGCUAGCGAUUUUUCACACACACUUUUUGUUCAUACAGUUUUUCCUCCAUUCCGUGUUGUGAUAUAUUCAAGGGAGUUUCUCCACCGCGUUAAGUUUUUCCCCCACUUUGUAGUCACACGUGUGUAGUGUCGCGGCGGUUUGAGCGAGUCACUCCGUGCAUGUAGUUGCUUCCGUUUGGUUGCUCCCUCCCUGGGUGAUUAUAUUAGUGACUCCCCCCUUCCCUCUUCUCCCACUUGUGUUCGUUUCUCCCCCGCCCUUUAAUCACCAUGCUGCGUGGACUCCUCCGCAUAGCUGUGAUGCUCCCCCUGCUGAGCGCACAAGUGCGUUGCGAAAACGACAUCUCCGUGAAGGGCAGCCUAACCGUGGCGAACCUCAAAAUUUCGUCCAAAGAUAACAAAGAAAAUGGCAUCCUCUUCCAGAGUAAAGAAGUAGAGUACAAAAUGGGGAUGAACCCAUUAGGGCAGUUCAUAAUAAGUAGGAAAAACAAGCCACUCAUAAGUAUCGAUGAGCACGACAAUUUGAACCUCUUAAACCAGGACCUAGUGGUGAAGGCAUUAACCAUCGAUGGAACAUUUAAAGUGCGCCAUGUAAAUCAAUUCCAAAUGAUUGUGCACGAGACGUUCAGUAGCAGUGCAAGUACGAAGGGAUGGUCAGGGGACAACUUUAAUAACGUCACGUCUGUGUGUGGUGGAGUCAAUUUGUUAGGUGGCUAUGGGAAGCUCUCCAAGGGGAGAGUCCGCAAAACGUUUGAAAACAUCCCAAGUCACACGCAGAUUCGAAUUAAAGCCAACUUCCAUUUCAUUGAUGAUUGGAAUUCCCAUACGGCUUUUUUAAAAGUAGGAAGAGACGACCAGGAGGAUCUUUUUUAUGUCUGGACGGAUAGCCACUCCCAGGUGGGCCUCGAAAAUGCGGUGAACAUUUGUGGCAAGGCCACUGGAGAGUCCAAAUUCAGCUCCCUGAUUGACGUGGUCAUACCGCACAACUCGAGCAGACUCAUCGUGGAGUUCGGCACCACCAUCCAGGUGGAUGACCCGAAGAGCGUCUCCUGGGGCGUCUCAAACUUUCAGCUGUUCACCGUGUGAUGGGUGCAUCAGCUGGGGGGGCUCCCUCAAGCGCAUAGUUUGGGCUAAUCUGCACGCCAUCACGCAUGUAGUUUGGGCUGCCUUGGGCACUCAGUUUGUGCUGCCCCCCCUGCAUCUGCACGCGCGUUCUCCUGUGCUUUGCACUUCCGCUAUGCACUUCGGCUUUGCAGUUUGAACUCAAACCCACACACUUGUAAAAACGGCUUACGG